AUGGGCGGACCAGACCCUCAGCCACCUGGCAUGACGGAGGCUGAGGCUGCGGUUCCCAGUAGCGACAGUAGCACUACCAGGCGCACUAGGGGUAACAGCGCUGCUAUUUUUGGCGGCGGUAGUCGAGGAGAGACGUCGUCAGCCCGAAUGGGCCUCUAUGGGGCAAUCUCAAGCUGUGCAGCAGGUGUUUUCCUCCAGCCACUGGACAUUAUUAAGACCCGCCAGCAACAACAGUGCGCUCCAGGCUUUAGGCCUUCAAUCAGGACUGCAGCAUCCUCGAUAUUCAAGGAAUAUGGGGCCUUGGGCUUUUGGCGGGGCUCGCUCGCAACCGUCCUCAGGAUAGCCCCAGGCACUGGUAUUUACUUUGCAGCACUAGGGCCGAUGAUGGGAACGUGGGGCACUGUAGCUCCCCUCUUGAAGUCUUUGCCACUGGAGAAGCUGACUGGCACACCACCGGAGCUGGACCCGAAUAUUGUUCCUGCGUGGUACUUGGGGAUCAUCUCUGGUAUAGCCCGAGGGGCAGCUGUCGCCGUUUUCAACCCCAUCUCUAUUGUGAAAACCAGACUGGAGUCAUCGCUGGGAUCCGAAGGCAUGCUAAAGGCGUUUGGACGGCUGUUGCGGAACGAGCGCCCUCUGGAUUGGUUCCGAGGCACUCUAGCUACGAUUUGCCGCGACUUCCCCUUUUCCGGUCUAUUUUUUAUUGUGUAUGUUAACUUGAAGGCUCAGGCAGGCGUCGAAGCAGACUCUAGAGAUCGCGUCAGCUUCUAUGCGCUGCAGAAUUUCGGCUGUGGAGCAGUUGCUGCAGCGACGGCUUCCGCUAUCACGCAUCCUUUUGAUGUACUACGGACACGCCUGCAGCUAGACGGCGUUGCUGCACCAACAGGGGUAGCCUCCGUGUCACAAGUGAACUCCCGUGUCCAAGCAAAUGCCCAGCUUGCAAAUGCGCAGAGGGGGCUCCUUAAGCGUGUUGCACAGUUGGUGAGGACCGAAGGCGCAGGGGUCUUGUGGCGGGGCCUGGGAGUGCGCCUUUUGAAGCGCAGCCUUAUGGCAGCAUUGACGUGGACAUCUUUUGAAGAAAUAAAAACAGCGGUUUCCGGACGACCUUCACUUGUACUUGCCUCCGGGAGACAAAAUUGA